AUGCACUGGAGUGCGUAUUGCGAAUCGGAGAAGGAAUCUGAAUGGAAUAUUAUUUAUCUCGAUUUAGAGACUGAAGAGUACGGAGUGUUAGAGGUGCCGAAUUGUGUGAAUGAAAAAGGUUGUUCUUGUUCGAUGCUGGACGAAUCCGAAGGAUGUCUUUAUGCUCUGUGCGAUUAUCGAGAUAGUGCGGAUGUGUGGAUUGUCGGUGAUUGUGAUGGAUUGGGAAACGCUACUUGGACUAAGGUGGUCAGCGUUUCGUACGUCGAUCGUUUCUUGAAGUCGACCUGUAAAACGGCGUUUCGUGUGUUGAAGAAAUACGGCAAAGUGCUGUUGCUUUGUGGUUCGACGGUUGUGGUUUUCGAUGUAGAGGAUUGCACUAUCAGGUAUCCCGAGAUUAGAAACCAUAAUCAAUUUAGUACAGCCAUCACUUAUUUUGAAACGUUGGUUUCACCGUUAGAUUUAACAUACGUGGAUUCAAAUGUUUAA